AUGGAUACUAAAGACUGUACAACAACUAUUUCUUCUUCAACACCACAGCAAAGCUGCUCUAGGAUUACAAAUUUUAGGACCGUCUCUUCCAACACCAGCUGCCAGUAUGGAUCAACUGGCCAUGUUCUGAGGGCUCCUCAGUCCCAGGACUGCCACCCUACUCCUUGCUUUCAUCUCACCCCCAUCUGCUUGAUAAACAACUUCAGUGCCUGUCCCCCUCUGGAUGACUGCGGCUGGUGUGGUGAAGGCAUCAACAGUAAUGAGAAAGAGACCAUGCGCAUCUUGAACGAGCGCCUCUUUAACUACCUGGAGAAGGUGCGGGUCUUGGAACAAGAGAACAUUGAACUGGAGCGCAAGAUCCAGGAGGAGUGUAGCAAAGAGCUUUGGGUCGUGUGUCCUGACUACCGGUCCUACUACACCACCAUUGAGGAGCUCCUGCAGAAGAUCUUGUGUACCAAGGCUGAGAAUUCCAGACUGGUCUCACAAAUUGACAACACCAAACUGACUGCUGAUGACUUGAGAGCCAAGUACGAGGCUGAGGUGUGCCUACGCCAGCUAGUGGAGGCAGAUGCCAACGGCCUACGGCAGAUCCUGAAUGCCCUGAGCCUUGCCAAGGCUGACCUGGAGGCUCGAGUCCAGUCUCUGAAGGAAGAGCUCCUUUGCCUCAAAAACAACCACAAAGAGGAAAUCAAUUCCUUACAGAGUCAGCUUGGGGACAGACUCAACAUUGAAGUGACCGCCGCCCCAUCUGUUGAUCUAAACCAGGUUCUACAAGAAACAAGAUGUCAGUACGAGUCCAUCAUGGAGACAAACCACAGGGAACUGGAACAGUGGUUCAACACGCAGAUGGAGGGGCUGAACCAGCAGGUGGUGACCAGCUCUCAACAGCAGCAGCUGUGCCUGAAGGAGAUCACGGAGUUGAGACGCACCAUGAAUGCGCUGGAGAUUGAACUGCAGGCCCAGCACCGAAUGAGAGAUUCCCAGGAGUGCAUCCUGGUGGAGACAGAGGCCCGCUACACGUCCUUACUGGCCCAGAUCCAGUGUCUGAUUGAUACUGUGGAGGCCCAACUGGCAGAGAUCAGGGGCUCCCUGGAAAGACAGAACCAGGAAUAUGAGAUCCUGCUGGAUGUCAAGUCCCAGCUGGAGUGUGAGAUUGCCACAUACCGCAGCCUCCUGGAGAGUUCGGAUGUCAAGCUUCCCUGUAACCCGUGUGCCACCACAUGUGAUCCUUCCAGUAAGGCCAGCACCAUGGAAUGCACAGCCCCGGCUUACAAUACGUCAUCCUCAGCCUCCCGCGGAACACAUGAGUCCUGUGGUGUCUGCAGAAUCCUGCCCCAAAUACUGGUUAAAAUCUGCACCAUCACGCAGGAGAUUAGGGAUGGCAAAAUCAUUUCUUCUCACGAACAUGUGCAGCCUUGCUACAUCACCAGAAUUGUCAAAGCCUAA